AUGAUCAUGAACGGAUCAACACAGGCGCUUUCCGGCGCGUCAGAAGCGCCGUCAACAGAGGACGCGCAACAACAUCAGCAAUCGUCAGGCUCGAACGGGACGUCUGCAGGGGGAGGGAACAGCGAUGCUGCUGCUGCGGCGGCGGCGGCGGCGGCGGGAUUGAAGAAACGGAAAAAGGACGCGCUGAAGCCUAUAAUCACAACAGAAAAUCCCGCUCCCACCUCGCAAUCAACGACCGCCCAUCUCUCAGCCCAUUCCCCGACUUCGUCAUCUUCGCACGAUGAUCCAGAGAACACGGCAGACGAGGAGGAUUCGGAGGAUUAUUGCAAGGGCGGCUACCACCCAGUACAGAUUGGCGAAAAGUUCAAAGACGGAAAAUACACAAUAGUGCGCAAGCUGGGAUGGGGACACUUCUCGACUGUCUGGCUCUCGAGGGACAACUCAUCGGGCAAGCAUGUCGCCCUCAAGGUUGUGCGAUCCGCCGCUCAUUACACCGAAACCGCCAUCGACGAGAUUAAGCUCCUCAAUAAGAUUGUGCAAGCAAAGCCAGAUCAUCCCGGCCGGAAGCACGUUGUUAGCUUGCUCGAUUCAUUCGAUCACAAAGGCCCGAAUGGCACACACGUCUGCAUGGUUUUCGAAGUACUGGGGGAAAACCUGCUAGGGUUGAUCAAGAAGUGGAAUCACAGGGGUAUUCCUAUGGCCCUUGUCAAACAGAUCACAAAGCAGGUGCUUUUGGGUCUCGACUAUUUGCACCGAGAGUGCGGCAUCAUACACACGGAUCUUAAGCCUGAGAAUGUCUUGAUUGAGAUUGGGGACGUUGAGCAAAUUGUCAAGAGGGUUGUCAAGAGCGAGCCUUCAGACAAGGAGAACAACCGAAAUGGGCGCAGACGGCGUAGGACGCUGAUCACUGGCAGCCAGCCACUUCCUUCACCGCUCAAUGCUACUUUCAAUCACGCGAACCUCUUCCCGUCACCAAGUUCACAACAUUCCAGCCUCGGCCAGAUGCUGCACGAUGGCGCAAAAAGCAAGUCAUCGCCAUCACCUAGAAGGGAUGGAGAUGACAAACAGAAGCAAAGGGAGAAGUCAGCAGACUUACUCUCCAAGGAGGUUUCGGGUAUAUCACUCGACAAGACGGGCGAGAAACGCAAGGCAGACGACAACCACGGUUUCGAUGUUAUCAGUGUCAAGAUCGCGGACCUGGGAAAUGCCUGCUGGGUCAGCCACCACUUCACAAAUGAUAUCCAAACAAGGCAAUACAGAUCCCCGGAAGUGAUUUUAGGAUCCAAAUGGGGCGCAAGUACGGAUGUGUGGAGCAUGGCGGCUAUGGUUUUUGAGCUCAUCACCGGAGACUACCUAUUUGAUCCACAAUCCGGGACCAAGUAUGGCAAAGAUGACGACCAUAUCGCCCAGAUCAUUGAGCUUCUCGGUCCGUUUCCCAAAUCCCUCUGCUUGUCCGGCAAGUGGUCACAAGAGAUCUUCAACCGCAAGGGGGAGCUGCGCAACAUCCACCGGUUGAGGCACUGGGCGCUACCCGACGUUUUGAAAGAAAAGUACCACUUCAAGGAGGAGGAAGCCAAGCGGAUUGCCGAAUUUCUGUUGCCGAUGUUGGAGCUGGUUCCCGAGAAGCGGGCCAAUGCGGGCGGCAUGGCGGCUCAUCAGUGGUUGGACGACACGCCGGGCAUGAAGGGGGUUAGAAUCCCUGGCUUGGAUGCCGGCAGCCGCGGGGAAGGGAUUGAUGGGUGGGCCAACGAGGUGCGGAAACGCUGA